AGAGAAAGGCGCUGUCAGACUGCGCUCCACCUGGGGCUCGCCUGCUGCGGGUUUCCGCGCGCCCACACUUUCUGCGGUCGAGGGGACGCCCCGCCGCAAUUCAGGGUGUCAUUCGCCGCCGACCGGGGUUCGAGCGCCCUCGGCGCCCACGAGCGCCGGAAUCUUCACUGGAGCCCUCCGAAGUCCCGCCCGCUGGAUUCGAGGACCCGCUUGGAUGCUUCGCUUCCGAGUGCCCUCGGAAGAUGGGCCGGCAGCCACAGGCGUAAAGACAGCUAGGGGUUACCAGUCUCCAAGGCAGACCCGGAGGAUUCGACCCGGGCUUCCGCUGCGGAGGAGAUGGCUUCCAGCCCGCUGCCGGGGCCCAACGACAUCCUGCUGGCAUCGCCGUCGAGCGCCUUCCAGCCCGACGCGCUGAGCCAGCCGCGGCCAGGCCACGCCAACCUCAAACCCAACCAGGUGGGCCAGGUGAUCCUCUAUGGCAUUCCCAUCGUGUCGUUGGUGAUCGACGGGCAGGAGCGCCUAUGCCUGGCGCAGAUCUCCAACACUCUCCUCAAGAACUUCAGCUACAACGAGAUCCACAACCGCCGCGUGGCGCUGGGCAUCACGUGCGUGCAGUGCACGCCGGUGCAGCUGGAGAUCCUGCGGCGCGCCGGGGCCAUGCCCAUCUCAUCGCGCCGCUGCGGCAUGAUCACCAAGCGUGAGGCUGAGCGCUUGUGCAAGUCGUUCCUAGGCGAAAACAGGCCGCCCAAGCUGCCCGACAAUUUCGCCUUCGACGUUUCGCACGAGUGCGCCUGGGGCUGCCGUGGCAGCUUCAUCCCCGCCCGCUACAACAGCUCCCGAGCCAAGUGCAUCAAAUGUAGUUACUGCAACAUGUACUUUUCGCCCAACAAGUUCAUCUUCCACUCCCACCGUACGCCCGACGCCAAGUACACGCAACCGGACGCAGCCAACUUCAAUUCGUGGCGCCGUCAUCUCAAGCUCACUGACAAGAGCCCCCAAGACGAGCUAGUCUUCGCCUGGGAGGACGUCAAGGCCAUGUUCAACGGCGGGAGCCGCAAGCGCGCCCUGCCCCAGCCGGGCGCGCACCCUGCCUGCCAUCCUCUCAGCUCCGUCAAGGCGGCCGCCGUAGCAGCUGCUGCUGCGGUGGCUGGGGGCGGGGGAUUGCUGGGCCCGCACCUGCUGGGGGCGCCCCCGCCGCCGCCGCCCCCGCCACCCCUGGCCGAGUUGGCGGGUGCACCGCACGCCCAUCACAAGCGGCCGCGCUUCGAUGACGACGAUGAUUCGCUGCAGGAGGCUGCCGUCGUGGCCGCUGCCAGUCUUUCGGCCGCCGCCGCCAGCCUCUCGGUGGCCGCGGCCUCGGGUGGCGCCGGGGCGGGCGGGGGCGGCGCCGGGGGCGGCUGCGUGACCGGCGUUGGCGCCGGCGCGGGCGCGGCGGCUGGCGCCAAAGGGCCACGCAGCUACCCUGUCAUCCCGGUGCCCAGCAAGGGCUCGUUCGGGGGCGUGCUGCAGAAGUUCCCGGGCUGCGGGGGGCUCUUCCCGCAUCCUUACACCUUCCCGGCCGCAGCUGCCGCCUUCGGCUUGUGCCACAAGAAGGAGGAUGUGGGCACCGCGGCCGAGGCCCUGGGUGGCGCGGGCGGCGCGGGCGCGGCGCCUAAGGCCGGCUUGUCGGGGCUCUUCUGGCCCGCGGGCCGUAAGGACGCCUUUUACCCGCCUUUCUGCAUGUUCUGGCCUCCGCGGACCCCAGGCGGGCUUCCGGUGCCCACGUACCUACAGCCCCCGCCGCAGCCGCCUUCGGCGCUCAGCUGCGCGCUGGGAGAAAGCCCGGCCCUACUGCGCCAGGCCUUCUUGGACCUGGCAGAGCCCGGCGGCGCGGCUGGAAGCACCGAAGCGGCGCCCCCGCCGGGCCAGCCCCCUCCGGUCGUGGCCAACGGCCCGGGCUCCGGCCCGCCGCCUCCUGCGGGCGGCGCGGGCGCUCGCGAGGCGCUCUUCGAGUCGCCCCCGGGUGGCAGCGGCGGGGACUGCAGCGCGGGCUCCACGCCGCCGGCCGACCCGGGCGCGGUGUCCGGAGCUGGGGCUGCGACCGCCGGAGCGGGCCCCGCAGGCGCUCGAGUGCCGGCCCCCCACCAUCCGCACCUCCUGGAGGGGCGCAAAGCGGGAGGGGGCAGUUAUCACCAUUCGAGCGCCUUCCGGCCGGUGGGUGGCAAGGACGACGCCGAGAGCCUGGCUAAGCUGCACGGGGCGUCAGCGGGUGCGCCACACUCGGCCCAAGCGCAUCACCACCAUCACCACCACCACCCGCACCACCACCACCACCAUCAUCCCCCGCAGCCACCGUCACCACUGCUGCUGCUGCCCCCGCAGCCCGACGAGCCGGGUUCCGAGCGCCACCACCCGGCCCCGCCGCCGCCGCCCCCUCCCCCACCGCCCCCGCUGGCCCCGCAGCCGCACCACCGAGGCCUUCUGUCCCCCGGCGGUACCAGCUGCAGCUACCCUAGCGAGGACAGCUCCGAGGACGAGGACGACGAGGAAGAAGAGCAGGAGGUGGACGUGGAGGGCCACAAGCCCCCCGAGGGCGAGGAAGAGGAGGAGGAAGGUCGAGACCCCGAGGACGACGAGGAGGAAGACGAGGAGACAGGGGUCCUGCUAGGGGACCCCUUGGUCGGGGGCGGCCGCUUCCUCCAGGGCCGAGGGCUGUCGGAGAAGGGGAGCAGCCGGGACCGCGCGCCGGCCGCCGCGGGCGCUUUCCCACUGGCCCUGAACUCCUCCAGGCUGCUGCAGGAGGACGGGAAACUGAGUGACCCCAGCGGCUCGGACCUGCCCCCGCCUCCGCCCCCUCCGCUGGCCUCCCAGAAAUCGAGCGGCGGCCUUAACAGCAGCCCGGGCAGCCCCGUCCACCAUCCAUCACUGGAGGAGCAGCCCUCCUACAAAGAUAAUCAGAAAACUAAGGAAAAUAACCAAGUUAUUUUAUCUACAAAGGAUGACAACAACUUUUCAGAUAAGAACAAGGAGCAUAGCUUUUUCAUCACAGACUCUGACACCUCCGGAGGAGAUUUUUGGAGAGAAAGAUCAGGUGAACACACACAAGAGAUGAAUUCACCUCAUUCACUCAAAAAGGAUGUGGAAAAUAUGGGGAAAGAAGAACUUCAGAAGGUUUUAUUUGAACAAAUAGAUUUACGGAGACGACUAGAACAAGAAUUCCAAGUGUUAAAAGGAAAUACAUCCUUCCCAGUGUUCAAUAAUUUCCAGGAUCAGAUGAAAAGGGAACUGGCCUACCGAGAAGAAAUGGUGCAACAGUUACAAAUUAUCCCCUAUGCUGCAAGCUUGAUCAGGAAAGAAAAGCUUGGUGCCCAUCUCAGCAAAAGCUAAAAGGUGCCCAGAACCACUUACUCUCGUUUUCUUGUAAGACAGAGCCUAAGCACUUCUGACCCGCACAGAGACUGCAAAUUGAAAGGGCUGGGGAAUCGAAUACAAAAAUCAGGUUCAGGAGAACCCAAGGACAAGUGACCUCAAGGCAGCAUGGACAACCAUGUACAAUAGACUGUAGCGGCCAUUCAUUAGUGGGGGGAGGGGGGAGCCAACCCGAGCAGUCAAUGCUUGUCGCAUCUUUUGGUGGAACCAAAGUUUGAGUCUUUGUGUUUUUCAAGGCCAACUGAACCCAGAGCGUGGGAGUGCCGUUAGCCAACCGGGGUGGGAAAGCCACAGACAGUUCCAGGGGAUCCCCCGCAGGGAGAGAGCCACUCUCCGAGACUGUGUUUUACAUCUGAAGAUGUGACUCCUGGAGAAAAGACAACACAAGCCCUGUCCUAGGAGUGGGGAUCACACUUCGACCGUGAGGAUGGCAUUAGCUGUAACACACCUGCUUUUCACAGCAAACUGGACAGACUUACAUGUGGUCCCUUCCUCUCUGCGACUUUGCCUGCUGUAUGAAUGAAGAUUGUAUUCCUCUGGAAAUAUUUUACAGUUUACUAUUGAGUGUAAUUAAGAAUAUAAUCAUGUUAUCCAGAAAUGGUAUUUAACUCUGUUGUAGUUUCUUUAACAUUCAUGUGGAUAAAAAAGUCUAUAAUAAAAAAAAAACUAUGAAGU